AUGAAGGUUGCAAUUGUCGGCGCCACUGGCGUCACUGGAGGAUCCAUCGUCAAUGGCCUUUUGGAAUCCGAGACUCAAUUCGAAAUUACAGCUUUAAUUCGCCCUAGCUCUAUCGACAAACCGGCAGUCAGCACCCUGCGAGGAAAGGGUGUCAAGAUCGUCUCGGUUGAUCUUCAAGGCCCUCAAGCCGAUCUAGUGGCUGCUCUUAAGGGCAUCGACGUGGUCAUCUCGGCUAUCUACUAUCAGUCUCUCGGUGACGAGAUCCCUCUUUCCAACGCGUCAAAAGCAGCGGGCGUGAAGCGAUACGUGCCCUGCUUCUUUGCCACUAUUACUCCCCGGGGAGUCAUGAGAGCAAACGAUCAGAAAGAAGAGAUUUUAGACCAUAUUCAGCGUCUUUACCUUCCUUACACUGUCAUCAACGUUGGGUGGUGGUAUCAGAUCACGCUUCCUCGUGUACCGUCAGGUAAACUCGACCAUGGCCUCACAUUCCCCAACAACAACAUCAUCGCAGGAGGGAACAUCCCCUCUGCACUUGUGAAUGUCCACGACGUGGGGAAAUACGUCGCAGUUAUAAUCAACGAUCCACGAACCAUCAACAAGAAAGUCCUAGCGCACACGGAAACCAAGACACAGAAUGAAAUUCACGCCUUGGUCGAGAAGGUAACAGGCGAGAAGCCAGAGCGCACCGAUAUGUCCAAAGAACAACUAGAGGAACAGUUGGUGGCGUUCAAGGACACGAAUGAGAUCAGUCAAAACCGUGCAAUUUUGGAGUACUGGAUGUCUUGGGGUGUUCGAGGUGAUAACACGCCUGAGAAUGCCGUGUAUCUGGGAUAUCUCCUCGCAAGCGAUUUGUAUCCAUCGCUUCGGGGUGGGAGCCUUGAGUCAUUCAUCCAGGAUGUCUUUGAUGGAAAGGGAGAAAGCGUUUACUAA